AUGGCCGCUCGUCGGUCUUUAGCCCGCUCGCUCCCCGCUCUCCGCGCCGCUCCCCGCACGCCUGUGGUUGCCAAAGCUGCCACCGAGCCUCGAUCUCUCACCACCGCUACGCCAGCUGCACGCUUUUCGGAUCGACGACAAAUGCCUUCCUCUUCCUCCCUCUCGGCCAUACGCCGGUUGCAUGCUACUGCGCAGCAGUUCAACCCCGCAACCACCUCGGCCGCCUCGACCGCCACCGAAUACCCGACGGAUCAUCAGCCGAUUGCGAAGCCCCUCGACACUACCAAUUUUCUCGAUAAUGAAUUUGUGUCUUCCAAGGCUACAACUUGGAUUGAUCUCCACGAUCCGGCCACCAACAAUCUAGUCACUCGGGUGCCCCAAAGCACGGAUGAGGAGCUGCAGGCCGCUGUCCAGUCGGCCGAGAAGGCCUUCCCCGCCUGGCGAGCUACGAGUAUCAUCGCCAAACAGCAGAUCCUCUUCAAGUUUGUGGGACUGAUUCGCGCCAAUUGGGACCGGCUGGCUGCCUCCAUUACACUGGAACAGGGCAAGACGUUCGCCGACGCUCGGGGCGACGUUCUCCGUGGCCUGCAGGUGGCCGAGACUGCAUGUGGCAUCACCACCCAGAUGACGGGUGAGGUCCUGGAGGUAGCCAAGGACAUGGAGACAAGAAGUUACCGUGAGCCGCUGGGUGUGGUAGCGGCCAUCUGUCCCUUUAACUUUCCCGCCAUGAUCCCACUGUGGUGCAUCCCUAUUGCUACAGUUACCGGCAACUGCCUGGUCAUUAAGCCGUCGGAGCGGGACCCUGGCGCCGCGAUGAUCCUCGCGGAACUGGCCAAGGAGGCUGGAUUCCCCCCGGGCGUCAUUAACGUUGUGCACGGCUCCGCUCGGACUGUGGACUUCAUCCUUGAUGAGCCCGCCAUCAAGGCAAUUAGCUUCGUCGGUAGCAACCGUGCGGGCGAGUAUAUCUACACUCGUGGAUCCGCCAAUGGCAAGCGCGUCCAGGCCAACCUAGGUGCGAAGAACCAUGCAGCCGUGUUGCCGGACUGUAACAAGAACCAAUCGCUGAACGCUAUUGUUGGUGCGGCCUUUGGUGCCGCUGGCCAGCGUUGUAUGGCUCUGAGCACGGUCGUGAUGGUUGGUGAGACCAAGGAAUGGCUGCCCGAGAUUGCGGAACGGGCCAAGGCCCUGAACGUGAACGGCGGCUUCGAAGAGGGAACAGACCUUGGACCGGUCAUUAGCCCUGAGAGCAAGAAGCGCAUCGAGGAUCUGAUUGCCAGUGCCGAAGAGGAGGGUGCGACCAUUCUUCUCGAUGGUCGGGGCUACAAACCCGAGAAGUACCCCAACGGCAACUUUAUCGGCCCGACGGUCAUCACCAACGUCACCCCCGACAUGAAGUGCUACCGGGAAGAAAUCUUCGGUCCUGUCCUGGUUUGUCUGAACGUCGAGACCCUGGACGAUGCCAUCAACCUGAUCAAUGCCAACGAGUACGGCAACGGCGCCGCUAUUUUCACUCGCUCUGGUUCGACCGCCUCACGCUUCCAGAAGGAUAUCGAGGCCGGCCAGCUGGGCAUUAAUGUGCCUAUCCCCGUGCCGUUGCCCAUGUUCUCGUUCACCGGUAACAAGAAGAGUAUUGCCGGUGGUGGUGCCAACACCUUCUAUGGCAAGCCCGGUCUGCAGUUCUAUACCCAGCAGAAGACCGUGACCAGUCUCUGGAAGAGCGAGGAUGCGGUGAGCACCAAGGCCAAUGUGGUGAUGCCCAGUCACUCCUAG